UGGUCUUUCCAUACAAGGAUCUCAAUCAUCAAACUCAAUAAACAACGUCUUGAUCGAUCACUUAGUAGGGGGCCGAACUGGGAUAGAGUACUUAGAUUUGCAACCUUCCCAACCUACCACUUUACAUGGAGUUACACUGGUCAAUUCUGGUACCAGGGAGGGUGUUGGAAUCGAUGUUAAAGGGCUCGACUCUCUAUCGUGGUGGGAACUCGAAGCAAAUGCUGGCAGCCGACUUGUUCCUAUGCUAAAAAUGUGCUCAUCACCGAGAGAUCUUCUCCUUUUGGAAGGACAGUCAAGGUGGAUCGUAAACAGCAUCAAGAAAAACACCAGGCUUCAAUGUCAUAAAACUGUGAGGGUCCCAGACGGGCAUACCAUUCGUCUUACGGUAACAAAGAGUAGCUUUAGCAACCCGUCAUCAAGGAAUAGCCUGACUAUUUACGAUUCUCACCAACAAGAUGAAACUUUCAAAGUAGGGUCACUGGAUGUCCACAACCAAGUCAGCUCUUCUGGAUCUGCACUAGUAUUCACAUCAACUAACUCCGUCAUGACGUUAUCUUUAAAGGCUUCUUCCUCACAGAAUGCGUUUUUUGCGGGAAGGUUGGAUGUAAUGGGACCAGGCAAUAACGGCAACGACCUAGGCAAUAUGACGGCAAUCCGUAUAUCAGACUGCAGUGCAAGGAACUUUGACUAUGGUAUUCAGAUAAAACAGACUGAGGCAAACAUCAAAAUGUUCAACAUAUCUGUUGCCGAUAACAAUCGUGGGAUAAGAGCUUCCAGCAUAGAUGGUACCAUAAGCAUGAGCAAUUCACUAAUCCACUCCAACAGCUAUUAUGGCAUGCUUUUGGAAAACAUUCAGGGGACAGCUUCACUGGCAGACGUAACUGUGACAGAAAAUGGAAGGUCUAGUUACAGCAGUAUCAUCAAUGCCUUUGGAGUAAAAAUACAACAUACAAUCUCACAACUCGGUUCAUACUACCUUUCAAAUAUAACUUGUAGAGACAAUACAUGGUAUGGCAUAGAUCUGGAUCUGUCCUAUGACACAGAGAUGCGAAUUUACGACAGUCAUAUUGAAGAAAAUGGAAGAGGAGGGAUACGAGUUAACUCAAGAGAGACCCAGUCAGAUCAACAUCCCAUUGUUGGUAUAUACAACACCAAUAUCACGGGAAAUGAACGGUAUGCACUGCAGGUGACAGGCAAGCUGAGGGCACUUGAUUUUGUAGGCAAUACAAUGUCUGCAAACAGAUGCCCGUAUCAACCAGCCAUGAAAGUGGAGGGUCAAGCACAAAAUCUCAGUUUUACGUCUAAUACCGUAAUCAACAAUAAUGCUAGGGAAAUUCUGUCGGUUGCUAUGACCAGUUUGCUCCAUUCCUUAUCCCCUUCUGAAAUUCGAAUUGACAGCAACAUAUUUGAGGGGAAUUUUUUUGAUCCAUCAAUGAGUGACGAAAAUCAAUAUGAGCAACAUCCUGACAACACGUCCUGUACCGUUGAGAUUGGAGGAUAUAAACAAAGCAUCAAAAUACACAGCAACGUUUUGGACAAUCCUGACAUGGACUAUACCAUUUGCAGCAGGGUUCGUGCGGACACUCCUGAUUGGACUAUCGGGGCAAGUCACAACUGGUGGGGAACAGCUGUUGAAACUGAGAUUCGGGACAAGAUUCAUGACUUUGACGAUUGGAACGACCGAGCACCUGUAGAUUACUUCCCGUACCUGACAGGACCGGACUUAUCCUCUCCACCUGCUGACCCCUCCAGCCGAGAUGUUACCAUGGCAAAUGACAACAUCGGAGGCAGGCUGUAUCACUCACUGCAUCUUCAAAAGGAUGGAGGUCCUUACUUCAUCAAAUCAGAUUUAACUGUGUUGAUAAACGUGUCGCUUACCAUAGACCCAGGUUCUACUAUUCAGGUGCACCCAUGUGUUGGUCUGUUGAACCUGGGUUCUCUUCUUGCACGUGGAACAAGUGCAGAGCCAAUCCACUUCGACCUUGCGGACGUCCUCGUUCACCAACCCCAGGUCCGGCUGGUGGGAGGGCGGUUCCCUUGGGAAGGUCGCGUGGAGGUGUUCUAUAAUGGAGAAUGGGGGACUGUAUGUGGGAACGGCUACUGGAGCACACGAGAGGCAAACGUUGUUUGUCGUGAGCUUGGAUACGGUCCUUAUACAAUAUAUCACACGUACUCUUUUGGACAAGGAUCAGGACCUAUAUGGAUUGGUCGUUAUAGCAGUAGGCCAGACUGUACUGGGAAUGAGAUGAGUAUAUUCAACUGUCUUCGGAGCACACCUGGUAAUGUGGACUCCUCCUUCUGCACGCAUGCUCAUGAUGUUGGGAUAAGAUGCAACAUGAACACCCCGGUGUCGCCUCGUCCAAGGUGCAUAAUGGCAAAAUGGGGAGGGAUUACAUCCAAAUCUGCAACAACAGCGGUCCUUACAAACUUGAAGUUCAGCAACACGGGCACUCUGCACAGGCGUUCACACGCAGCCAUAUCCAACCAAGAAGCGCAGGGAACUACAGACAUUUCUAACAUUGAGAUAUCUGAGUGUACGGGAACUGGAAUACAGCUACUAGGAGGCAAACUCGCACAAAGUGUUGAUAGUGUAAACAUUUCUGGUUGUGACGGACAUGCUGGUGUUACUCUCGCAGGCAGAACGUCUAGUGUUACGACAUCAACAGAUGUACGUAUCACUGACAGUAUCUUUACAGCAGGGUCAUUUGAACUCACACCACACAGUAUUUUAGGCUGUUUGGAUAAUCCUGGUUUGUUUAUGAGCCUAUGUGCCGAGGAGUCCGAUCUCCAUCUUAAGAAUGACAUGUGUUUUAUGGAGACAGGAAGAACGAGCUCAACAUGCUAUAGACACCUGUACGCAGAUGAGGGUGUUACGAUUGAACUCACUGUCUCAUUCGUUAACUUUCUAUCUUCCUCAUCGAGAUUACGGAUCUUUGCCGACAGAAGCCAAACUCAACAAAUUGGACAGGUUACUCGAUCGGACAACGGCAAAACGUAUAUCCGGUUUGUCUCACAAACAAUGAUGAGUCUGCAGUACGCACGGUCCUACUGGGAUGACCAACAGAUCUUUGGAGAGGUUAUGGUUUAUAACGAGACAGAUCGGACUAAGUACAUCAUUGAGAACAACAUGGUGUAUAAUACCACUGGGACAGUCAUCAAUGUGACCGCAGCAAAUGGCGCAAUCUACGAUAUCCAACGUAACACGUUUCUGCGAAAUCAACCCAAUACUGAUGACGACCAACAAGCUGUGAUCAGUAGUGUUCUAAUUGACUCCUAUAUCAAUGUCAGAAACAACUACAUGGCAAACAACAUGAUGAAAUGCUUGUCUAUUGAUCUGACAAACCAGCAAGCUGGAAACAUAACGGUUCUGGACAACCAUUUCUUCAGGAACACCGCGAAGUCUACAAUAAUGGUGACGGGAAACAGCCACAGUGCGACACAGCAACCCAUAUUGAUAGACAGCAACGUCUUCUCAAGCAAUGACGUCGGUGUCACAGAGAGUAUUAUAAUGUUUGAAAACGUCGAUGGGCAGCUGAACAACAACGUUUUCUUUAACAACUCGGGACAUCACGUUGUAACGUGGGAAGGGCGAAGCAGAGCGAAUAGCCUGCAGAGUUGUGAGAACAAUCUGUUCUACGACAACAUCGGACUGACUCCGGGGGAGAAGUACACCGUAGUUGUCUCGGGCCGAGAUGUUCAACUGCACGGGAACGUCCUCACCAACCCCGCGAACGACGCUGAGCUGGCAACGUCGAACAGAACCGGGUAUUACCCCGUAAAUGCUACCCACAACUGGUGGGGAUUCAACUCUACGUCUGACAUAUCCUCAAGAAUCAGAGACAAACACGAUCACGAGGACAGGCCAGAGGUGCACUUCCAACCAUGGAUACAGGUGGAACUAACUAAUGGUCCAUGUGGCUUGGGAUGGACCUACAGCAAGACCUUCAGCGCCUGUUACAGAUACAUGGGCGGAGCACAGUCUUGGGACGGCGCUGUACAAUCCUGUCAGGCCCAGUAUUCUGUACUGUCCAAGAGGUUCGCUGGUUUAGAGAGAGAAUUUAUUGACAGCUUGCUGAUCGCACGAAAUGUAGACUUUGCACCGGAUAUGCCUGUCUGGAUGGACAAACAAAUACAGGGGCUGGAAAAUGCAACAACGAACUGUAAAUCUUAUCUUCGAGACUCCCAAGAGGCUGUCCAGGAUGUAUCGUGCAACUCUUUUUUCCCCUACAUCUGCAAGAAACCUAUUGUUGAGGAAUGCCCGAACUCCUGCUCUCACCACGGACGCUGUGAAGGACGAACCUGCAUCUGUGGGCGAGGCUGGGAGGGAGAGGACUGUUCUAAAUUCUCCUGUAAAGACAGGAACUACUGUGGAGAGUUUGGCACCUGUGUAGGGCCAAAUAUCUGCAGGUGCCGAAACGGGUGGCAGGGCCGAGCAUGCACAGUUAGCUACUGCAACAGGUUCACCAGCUGCAGGUCCUGUACACGGGAGGUUGGAUGUGGAUGGUGCGAGGAAAGACAGAGUUGUGAAUCUGGGCUGUACAGAGGGCCGGACGUAUUACCAUGUAUGACAUGGUUCUACCACAGCUGUUUCACUGUGGGGAAAAGGGACCAAUGCUCGAGCCAAAUAGAGGUCCUUGACUGUGAGCAAUGGCAAUGCAACACCUCCCUCUCCACAACUACCGUAGAGUCCUGUCUAAGAUGUCAAGACGUAAAAGGGUGCUUCAAGGACUUGGGCGAGGACUAUUGCCACGUGUGGAAUGAAGAUCAGUGUCCGAAGGGUUUCAUCCACCCACUGUACAACGACACCACGCGCAUUGAGAAGAUUCUCAUCGGCCAUAACGUCGAGUACGUCCCGCUGGAAGGCAACACCUUGUACCGGUGUCCUGUCCGCUCCAGCUGGGGAGCCACCAUGUUUGUGAAUGAAGGGGACCUGGACAUUCGGAUCGGUCAGGUGCUGUCCAGUCCUCAGGCAAACGGUGUACUACACAAGGUGGAACAAGUUAUAAAGACAGACAGUUACAUCGUGAUAGUGGCGCACCCUGCUACUCUGGAGGAAAUGCUGGAUUACAGUGACUUCAGCCAGGAGGUUGAGCUGGAGAUGGCUGUGGACAUGAAGAGGAACGAGGGAGUUCCUGAACUGUCUGUGGUGGAAAGGGUGCUGAGUGGAAACGGGACACUCAAUGGGAGCACUGUCCAUGUCAUCACGGAAGAUGCCCCCGUCUACAAGUGUAUUGGGGCCCGGGCCAUGAAUGAAGGAGAGGGCAGCUACCACCUGCUGAUGAGAGACAUCCCUGAUCACCUGUCAGUUGGUGACGUCAUAGUCAGUAACCAUAGCAACGGGAUCCUGGAGCAGGUUACCCAACAGACAGCGACACCUCACGGAGUCUUCAUACAAACUCAGCUGCAGGAUUGCUUUUCAGCUUUUAACUUCCGGGAGGAACUGACAACAAUGGACGGAGCAACCCUUCCUGCUUCCCUGCCAUGUUCGGGUGGACCGGAUGGAGCACACGGGCUGCUCAUCGUGGACUCUGCGGGAAGAGAAGUGGACCUGGAGACUGGCGACGUGGUGGUGGGGAGACGGAGUGGCAGGCUGCUGGCAAAAGUUCUGAAUAUCAGCACUGCGGCUGGGUACAAGUUAGUGGAAGUGGAGCCUAUCCUGAGCAGGUCCACCAUGACAAUGCCAUCAAGAAGAAGAAGGCGACGGGAGGAUGUCACCGUAUCUCCACCCAGGCUUCCUCUAGACAUCAUCAUGGAAGACGAAUUCUCGGACCUCACGGAUAGUCACAAUAUCAAACUAUCUACAAGUGGGAGACUUUCAGCUGGAAUCAAGCUCUCACUUGCGGUGUCGACGUCAGAGUUUGGAACACCCACGCUUAAAAAGGCCGAAGCUUCCUUCGUUGGUGGACGGCUAGAAGUAGGGCUGGGAGGUUCUUUAAUCGUUUCGGAGAGUACAAGUGCCAAUGGCAGUUUCCCGAUGGCUCUGCAUCCUAUCUACCCCUCUCUCUGUGUAGGAGAACAACUGUGCAUACCAGCCAAAAUAUGGGCAGACCUUGUCACCUCGUAUGAAAUAAACGCUACGGGUCCAGGCAGUAUUCAAAUGUCCUCCACUGUGGUCAAACCAGACAUUGACGGCGGGGGAAGCUGGCAACCACAAGAAGGGAGUCAAUGGUUCUCUUUCGACCAGAACGAGGAAUCCGACAGUGCAGAUAUCGUGAUAUCUCACUAUUCGGGAACAGCGACCGAAAGUGACCAUCACAUCGAAUUGGAGCUUAAAGUCCAACCACGGUUUUUCAUCGAGUUUCCCACAUCUGGAGAUAUUGAAGCUGAAGAGUUGACGAUACCACUAGAUGUGAAUGAUCCAGGGGACGCUUUUGGGUACAGUAUCACCACCUCCAUUCAGGCCCAAGCCCUCCUACGUGUAUCAGCCCAGUCGUGUUCUACUGAGUGCCCGUAUUCAGACAGACCACAGAACGUUGACGUCACGUCAUCAUUGGACUAUCUGACAGGGACGUUCAACGUAGUAGUCGGAAACAAGGAUUACUAUGAGGAACAACAAUGGAGACGUGAGGAGUGGAUGGACUCUGACAGAGAUUGCAAAGCACAGCCGUCAAGUAUUGAUACCUGUAGGGACAGGGACGGUUGUUCGUGCCCUGAUAGAGCAACCACAGGGGUGCCGCAUCCUACUGACGAGAGCUUCUGCAUGUGCCCUUGUGACUGUGGAAAUGGGAACAUAAGCUUCACGCACCCAGACAUCUCCGGUGGUGGAUGUAACUGUGAGUUGUGCCCUGAUGGAGACUUCAAAACGGUGAACAGCGAGGGACAUCUGUACUGCCCAUGUCUGUGUCCUGACAACAGCCCAUCGGAACUGACCAGCAGUGGGAAAUGUGACUGCACGUGCCCCUGUCCUGACGGUAGCAGGGAUGUGUUGCUGAGUGACGGCAGCUGUCCGUGUAAGUGCAUCUGUAACAACUGCCACGAGUCGGUUCUUGGUGAUGAAGGCUGCAUCUGUUCUGACAGCUGUCCUGACUGUGAGAAUGACGAGGAACCCGAGUGGCAAGACUGUGUCUGUAAGUGUCCACAGAAGACAGAGUGCGGGAUCUCACCUACAUGUGUGGUGGGGAGGAUGGGGCCGGACUGUAGACAGCCAGACUGCAGGCCAUGCCAAGGCUGCUCCGGGAACGGACGAUGCACCACGUCAACAGACAGCUGUCAGUCAUCCUGUGUCUGUUGGCCGCAGUGGUUCGGUGACUGUUGUGAGCUGCGCCGUCCUCGUCCUAUUGGAGGGGACCCUCAUCUCCAGACACUGGACGGAACGUCAUACGACUACCACGGCAUUGGUGAGUUCUGGGACUGUAAGAGCGUCUCCAAUGACUUCGGCGUACAGACCCGGAUGUACGCCUUUGAAAGGGCCUCUCUGAUUGGUGGAGUUGCAGUGAAGGCUGGGCACAGCGUUGUCACUCUGAUGACGUUACCCAGUGCAACGGAAAAGGACGUCCCCACUUUAAGGAUCGACGGUGAAUUGUGUCAACUUUCUGUCGGAGAGAAAUAUCUCCUUAACAAUGGGACAAUACAUCUGCUCGCCCAACAACCUUCUACAAACGCAACAGAGUCAGGGGCUGUUAUCAUCGUGUCUAUCACCUUCGCAUCAGGAGCAACUGUGUCCUUUGACGUCCGGUACUCACCAAAGAUGGGCCGACAGUUUGUGAACAUUUUGUUCAGCCCCACUGCCACGUUCAAGGGCAACACGGAGGGAUUGUGUGGGCUCAUGGAUGACAAUAAUACCAAUGACUUCACUGGUCCAGACGGCGCUGUGUACAACGACUCUUCUGUAUUUGCUGAAACCUGGCGGAUAAAUAAAACCCACCACGGCUCUGGUCUGAUGGGGUCCUGGUCAUGGAACUCUUCUAACUUCCAUCCUGAUGACGUCAUGGAUCCUGCCUAUUCUGACCCGAACCACCGACCUUCUGUGGGCAUAGAUGGGCUGACUCAGGAAGAAAAGGAAGUAACUGAAGAGAUGUGUAUUGCUCUUGGGCUGACCGGCACUCUUCUCAAUGAAUGUAUCUUUGACGUGUCAAUCACCAACGACACAACCUUCACUGAGCAAGAGGUUUUCAAAGGUUGCCCAAACCAGUGUUCCGGUAGGGGUCGCUGUGUAAACGGAACCUGUGAGUGCAUAACGGGCUGGUCUGGUGAAGACUGUAACCUUGGCAACUGUACAGACUGCUCCGAGGAUCACGGGAAAUGUGAGCUGGGGUUCUGUGUGUGCGAGCCCGGAUGGGAGGGAGCAGCCUGUGAUCAACAAGGUGCUGACUGCAGCAAGGUUCCCACGUGUGGAAAUGUUGCUAACUGCACAGACCACGGAGUUUGUGUGGACUACGAUACCUGUUUGUGUGAUGAACAGUGGACAGGUGACAAGUGUGACCAGUUCUCAUGCGCAGCGUUGGAUAACUGCUCUGGUAACGGAUAUCAAGGUCUGGACUGCAGUGAAGCCCAAAGCUGUCCUGACUUGCAAGAAUGCAGUGAAAACGGGGCUUGUGUCAUCAGUUCUGACGGAAACGAGGAAUGCCGCUGCUUCCCAGGGUUCAGCGGUGCAAAUUGUAGCCACCCAGACUGUACUGAACAGAAUAACUGCACUAACCACGGCAGCUGCAUAGAGCCCAACCUGUGUCAGUGUGACAGUGGGUACACCGGGAAUGACUGUGCCAACUUCUCUUGUGAAGCUUUGCAGUAUUGUUCUGGCCACGGAAGCUGUGUGGGGUUUGACACUUGCAGCUGCGAUCCUGACUGGUCAGGUGGCUCCUGUAACGUUGCAAAUUGUAGCAGCAAGAAUGGCUGCUCCAGCCAGGGCACGUGUGUUGCCCCAAACACAUGUGAAUGCUUCCCUGGGUUCCAAGGAGAGGACUGCAGUGAAGAGAACGUGCCUAACGAGAACCCGCCCACAUUCCAGAAGGACAGAUACGAUGCCACGAUUCCCGAAAACCAGCCAAUAGGAACGGCGAUAGUAACAGUAUAUGCAAAUGACACUGACAUUGGACGUAACGGUGAGGUCAGGUACAGGCUUGUUCAAACAGGUUUGGAUGAUGAAAACUUUGCAGUACAUCCUACUUCAGGGAUCAUAACUUCAGUCGUAGAGUUUGACUUUGAAUCGUUGGAUCACACUUCGUUUACUUUCAUGGUCGAGGCAUUUGACCAAGGGGUGCCGACACUGACGGGAACAGCCACGAUAACUAUAAACAUCAUGGACCAGAAUGACAACAAACCUGUCAUCAGCAUUCCUCCUGACACCGAGUAUAACCUUCAAGCCACCUCCCCGAUCGGCUUCCACGUGACCACUGUCCAGGCUUCUGAUGCUGACAGGUCCGACGAUAACUCCAGAAUUAGCUACGGAAUCACAAGUGUCAGCCCCUUUGUGUCUAUCGAUGCCACAAACGGCAGUGUAACCGUCAGCAGUGCCUUGGAAAGUGGCACCUUCGUGGUGAGGGUCCGUGCGUCAGAUCACGGUUCACCGCCGAAAACAGACGAAAGGAGUCUUCGUAUGAUCGUGACCAACGUCAGCACCAACACAGCUCCACAGUGUCCAGAAGAUGAAUGGAUUGAGAUCGCUUCUCACAAUCUUACAAGAGGUUCCACAGUCGCAACCAUAGAAGCAGAAGACCCGGACAACGGUCCAAACGGCAACGUUUCCUACAGUUUCAAGUCCCAAACAGGAGAACUGGCAAGCUUAUUCGGCAUCGACCCGUCAACUGGUCGGAUUUAUGUUCAUACUGAAGUACCACAGAUUAACGACACUUUCUCAGCUGUUUCAAUGACAGUUGAAGUCAGAGAUAACGCUGUAGAUUCCAUGUCAUGUGAAACGAAGGUCGUUGUGAUAAUAACUUCACCUGAGUUCAGUGGAACCGUGCCAGACAACGUAUUCCCAACAACAACAACAACAACAACAACAAAAACAACAACAGCAGCAACAACAACAUCUACGCUGUUAGCAACCACAUCUCAACCAAAAACGACAGCUUUCGACAGAUCUACCACCGGUUCUACAACGCAGCCAAACAUUACAACAGACGGCUAUACAACAAGCACUGCACCGGCAACAACAACGGAAGUACCUAUGGCAGUGGAAGCACGUUCGUUCAGAGGCGUCCUGAGGAUAACAAAUCUGGAGUGGAAGGAUGAACUGCUGCAUCAAACAUCUGAUGAGUUCAAGAAUUUCUCUAAAGUCGUCCAAGAAGAGCUGGAUGGUGUGUUCAGCAACAGCAGCCUUGGGGAUACAUACGACUCUGUCGAGGUUACAGUCUUUUCGUAA